UCUCUCCCUCUCAAGUCUUAUCAAAUCAAUCAAAAUAUCUUCAAAAAGGCCCUUUUUUUUUUAUAUAUAUUUUCCAUCUAGGGUUUUCGGUCGAAGGAAACAAAAAAGGAAAACAAAAGAGAAAUUGUUCUCUAGGGUUCUUGUUCGAUCAUUUUAUUUCUGUCUGAAGAGUUUUAUUUUUGGAAAUUAGAGAAGAUGUCGUUGAGGCCAAGCGCAAGGACAGAGGUUCGGAGGAACAGGUACAAGGUGGCGGUGGACGCGGAGGAAGGGAGGCGAAGGAGGGAGGAUAACAUGGUGGAGAUUAGGAAGAAUCGCCGUGAAGAGAGUUUGCAGAAGAAGCGACGUGAAGGACUCCAAGCUCAGCCAAUGUCUGCGUCUCUUCACUCCUCUGCUAUUGAAAAAAAGUUGGAAAACUUGCCAGCCAUGGUUGCUGGUGUCUGGACUGAUGAUAGUAAUUUGCAGCUUGAGGCAACUACUCAGUUUAGGAAAUUGCUUUCAGUUGAACGUAGCCCGCCUAUUGAGGAAGUGAUACAAGCUGGAGUUGUUCCUCGCUUUGUUGAGUUUCUUAUGAGGGAAGAUUUUCCACAGCUUCAGUUUGAGGCAGCUUGGGCCCUCACAAAUAUUGCUUCCGGGACAUCUGAGAACACGAAGGUGGUAAUUGAUCAUGGGGCUGUUCCAAUAUUUGUGAAGUUACUUGGAUCCCCAAGUGAUGAUGUUCGUGAACAGGCUGUCUGGGCAUUGGGAAAUGUUGCUGGUGAUUCUCCUAGAUGUCGUGAUCUUGUCCUUGGUAAUGGUGCUUUGCUUCCUUUGUUGGCACAGUUGAAUGAGCAUGCUAAACUUUCUAUGCUGAGAAAUGCUACAUGGACACUCUCAAAUUUUUGUAGGGGCAAGCCCCAACCUCCCUUUGAUCAGGUUAAGCCUGCACUUCCUGCUUUGGCACGUCUUAUUCAUUCAAAUGAUGAAGAAGUCUUGACUGAUGCAUGUUGGGCGCUCUCAUAUCUUUCUGAUGGUACAAAUGACAAAAUCCAAGCAGUUAUUGAAGCGGGUGUAUGUGGGCGUUUGGUAGAACUUUUGAUGCACCUAUCUCCUUCAGUGCUAAUUCCUGCUCUUCGCACUGUUGGAAAUAUUGUAACUGGGGAUGAUGUGCAAACCCAGUGUAUUAUUAAUCAUCAAGUAUUGCUAUGCCUUUUGAACCUGUUGACAAAUAAUUUUAAAAAAAGCAUCAAGAAGGAAGCUUGUUGGACAAUCUCAAAUAUCACAGCCGGAAAUAAGGAACAAAUACAGGCUGUGAUUGAAGCUAAUAUUAUUGCUCCGCUUGUUCAUCUACUUCAAAAUGCUGAAUUUGAUAUUAAGAAAGAAGCUGCGUGGGCCAUCUCAAAUGCUACAUCUGGUGGGACUCAUGAGCAGAUCAAAUUCCUUGUAAGUCAAGGUUGUAUAAAGCCAUUGUGUGAUCUUCUUAACUGCCCAGAUCCUAGGAUAGUUACAGUUUGUUUAGAAGGGCUUGAGAACAUUUUGAAGGUAGGAGAAGCUGAUAAGAACCUGGGCAAUACUGGAGGUGUGAAUCUCUAUGCACAAAUGAUUGAAGAUGCAGAGGGUCUGGAGAAGAUUGAGAAUUUACAGUCUCAUGAUAACACUGAGAUUUAUGAAAAGGCUGUGAAAGUUCUCGAGACAUAUUGGCUGGAAGAGGAGGAUGAGACAAUGCCAUCAGGUGAUGCCUCGCAAACAGGGUUUGAUUUUGGAGGGGGCAAGCUUCCUGUUCCUUCAGGGGGAUUCAAUUUCAGCUAGAGGAACUUUCUGGUUCUGUAUUGAAGUCCUUAUGGAGAUGAUGGAAGUAACGAUAGUUGGGUUCCAGGUCAGGCGUCUUGUCUUCAUGUUUGGGUCCUGUCCACGGUCGGGUGUGGUGUCGAGGGUGCAAUGUCAAGGAUACUGGGCUUGCUAGGGUUACCAAUACAGUCAGGUUCAUAUUAUGCAGAAAGGGGAAAUGGACGGAAUAUGUUGUUGGUGAUCUGCUACAAUAAAUUGAGGAAUCAGAGUCUUUAUUUUCAGUGCACGUAAAACAAGUAUUUGGUCUGUCUCAAUUUGUAGUUGUCAUGGUCCUGGUGAUGUCUUUGCAAUAGCUUUUCAUGCCUUGUAGCCGAGUGAUUUUGGUAUUCCCAAAACAGUUACCUUCUAGUUAUGAGUAACAUGGGAAUAUUCUUUUGCUUCUAUGUAAUCAAAGUGUUGUUAAGUCAUUCACCAAAAUUUGCCCAUUCAGGUAGUCUUAUAUUUUUUUGUAGGGUAUACAAUUCCUCAUUUGGAGCUGUCAAAAACUACAUUUAAGAGGAAAUAGAGUUUUUAUUUGAUGGUUUGAUAUUUU